CUACAAAUCAAAGCCUGAAAGCCACAAAGCUUUAGUCUCAUCUUCAUAAAAAUAAACUCUAAACCUCCGCCCUUCUGAAAAGAAACACAACAAAUCAAGCUCUCUCCUUCCUUUUCAAAUCUCUUAGAGAAGCUAUAGUAUAAACCUGUACAAUGGCAUCAAACUCUUAUAGCUCAAGCAGGAAUGUAAGCUCAUCGUGGACAGCAAAACAAAACAAGCAAUUUGAGAGGGCUCUCGCGUUGUAUGACAAGGAUACCAAGGAUCGUUGGCAGAAUGUUGCCAGGCUUGUAGAAGGGAAAUCAGCUGAAGAAGUAAAGAGGCACUAUGAAAUCCUCCUUGAAGAUCUCCAUCAGAUUGAAGCAGGUCGCGUCCCCUUUCCUAACUACAGACAAAACGCCGCAAACUCCAUGAACUUCAAUGAAGAGCAAAGGCAGUUAAGGUAUCUCAGGUUGCAGUGAAGCCCCAACUCCAAGUUAGUCUGGAACUGCCUUUUAGUUCCGUCAUCCUUUCCUGUAACUGCAAUCUAAAUUAUUUUUCUUGACCACGGCUUGUGUAAUGUUCCAUCAAUGUGUAUGAUAAAACUAUGAUUUUAUGAUGA